AUGGCCCCGAUCUUAGAAAUGAUUUACAAUGAUUCACAAGGUUCCGCUGACAUGCUGCGUUUUGCUUCUGGGGCCUCACGUCUUGCUACAACCUUAACAUUUAGCAUGGAGAGACCAACAGAGCGUGGACGACCACGCAAAUAUGCAACAGCCAAGGAUAAAGCGACAGCAGAUUAUCAACGCCAACGGAACAAGCGGCAGGAGACAGCAACGAGAGAUAAGGGCUUUCCCUAUAGCAAUUUCCAUAACUUGCACUAUCCUGUUCAGCAGUCAGAUAACGCACAGAGCAGUGCAUUCACACAGCUACAAGAACAAGACAUCAGCAAGUUUCUACCUCCCCCUACUCUUCUAUUCCUAAUUGUCGUGUACCCCUAA